AUGUAUAUCACAGAUCUAGCCAAUGAACUUCUCCUACACAUUCUGCAAUCCUGCCCGACCGUCCCUUCCCUCCUCGCCCUAGCUUCAACUUGCAAGCAUCUACACUCCAUCUUCGCCCACCACAAAUUACCCCUUCUCUACCAAUCCUUCGAAGCCCAAUACGGCCCCUCGCAUGAUGCCAUCCGCCUUGUCACAUACAACAGCAGCCAAUCCGCUCACUUACCACGCCCUGCCCCACCGCAAUCGAUGGCUCUGCUCAAACGCCUCGUCGAAGUAGGACUGAUAGCGGAGAAAUGGGCGACUGUGUAUCCAAGCCAGAAAUGGACGGGAGACGAAAGUGCCAAUCGCCGGCUGCUGUCUAGCGAAGAGAGAUGGAACUUGAGGCGAGCAUGCUACCGCAUCUGGCUGUACGAUAUGGCGUUCCACACACCGCAGCAUGCUCGUACGGGCAGGGUUCUGCCGCAGGUUGUGAGAACGAGGGCGCAGGUACUGAGGCCCUGGCCUGGAGAACAGUUGGCGGAGAUGUUGGAUCUGUACGCUAUCUUUCGCGCCAUCUUACAUUCACAUAUCUGUCCUAGCAAUGGCACUGUUCUACGUCGCCACAAGCAGCGAUUCCCGGACGAUCCGUUCCCGCUUGUCUCGACGACGAAGGCGACGAAGUACAAUGACCCGCUUGUUGACUUUCACCAAGCCUUUUUUCACAGCACACCGCACGUCUCGGGAUUGUCGAUGGCGAGAAACCACCGCCAAUAUGGGGCCACCGUGGAAGGAUGGGGCGACGAGAUUGCUCAGUACUACGUCGUGGAGGAUAUGCUGAAGCUUGAUCCCGGACAGCUGAUGCAUCUGUUUGAGAGCCUGACGGGUCAAGCUGGUUCUGAUGCAGAGUUGACGGCGGGCUACGGUUUUGGCAGCAGGAAAGCAAUGGUAGAGCAUUUCGUGGCAGCCCUGGGGGACUGGUUUGAGAACAAUGGGGAGACGUUGGUUGAGACGAUUUGUUUUGUCAUUGGGGAACGUGGCGGUGAUGGAAGGGAGUUGGGUGAGCUGGUUGAGGGUGGGUUGGAGGGGAUUUGCAGGAGGGAGCUUGUAGAUCUUGUUGAGUGA